CCACUUUUUACACUCAUUUUAAUACUCUGCUCAAAGACUAGAACCAGAAAGUCAUAUCUCCUUCCUUCAUUGUUAACGGCGGCGAUUGACCAGCGACCACACACCCGUCGGAGACAAAAAGAGGCAGAGGAGUUCCAAGCUCAUGUUCUCCGGCCAUGGCGUCAUCGUUUUCUUCUUCUUCUUCUUCUUCCUCGACAUCUUCGACCUCCUCCGACUGCUCUGUCACUGCAAAUCGUUGGAAUGCGAUAAUGGAUAAGUCUAAAAGUUGCUGCAAGUGUUCUACUUCAAGCAGCGGAAGAUGGAUCUUGUGGGUUGUUCAAAUAAGUCUUGUAAUUUGGAGGAGCUUGCCUUGGAAAUUGAUGUUAAUGAAUGGAAGGGUCACUCUGCUGGAUAAUAUUCUGUGUUUUUUUUUUUCCCCUUUAUAACAUUGCUAAAUGUUGUUGUGUCUUUAAAGAUUUUUUCAAGCGUCAUAUUCUAAUUUCAGGUCUUAUAUUAAAGUUCUAUGCUUUGAAUUAUUUUAUAGAAUAAAUUUGUGGGUAUGUAUCUAUAAGGUGCAUUGGGUGAAGAAAUCAUUUUUAUCUAAACAUAAUUUGGAGUGAAUCAGUGCAGGAUGAAGAUGAGCUUUCUUCUUAUUGAUGUAGGUGAUACUACAAGUCAAACAUCAAUUUCUUUUCCCUAGUGAAGAAAGAUAACAUCAUUUGUCUCAUGAUAGAUUUUCUUCCUGUGAUUAUGUUUACUCUAGUCCUUAUAGGACCUUAAUAUCUAGAUCUUCUUGUUUUUGUAGCAUGAAUGUUAUCUUUUUUGUUUCAUCUAUAUCUUGUGUUUGAUUUUUUUCCUUAUGUCUUUACCUCAAUUGCUGUUUCUUUUUCCUUUUGAAAUGAUCCUCUCACAAUAUAUUGUUGUACCAUAAUUUUAUUAUUGUUUGCAUGGUAAUAAUACUAGGUAAUGCGUGUUUGGUCAUUAGAAAUCUAGUUGACUUUGAUUUUGAUGAGAGCAAGGUUCAAAUACCUAUAUCUUUUUUGUAGUUUUACUUUUACAUGUAUGUGUAACAUAGUGACUUAAAUAGCAUGGAUCAUGUCCACAUUCCCUUUUCUGUUUUUUAGCUUUCUGUUUAUUGGCUUUAUGACUGAUGAAGAUGCCAAUUGCUGUUUUUUAGCUUUCUGUUUAUUGGCUUUAUGACUGAUGAAGAUGCCAAUUGCUGUUUUGUCUUUCGCGCUUUUGUAUUUAGAUAGUAAUAGUUAUUAGUAAGGAUGAAAUUCUAAUGUUCUCCUUUUAAGUGUAAUUAGAUAGUAAUAAUUAUUAUCAAGGAUGAAAUUAUAAUGUUCUCUUUUUAAGUGUGUGCUCUGCUCGCUAAUUGUAUAAUGUUUGCAUUUAUAUUUUGAUGGAUUGUUGGUUUGGUUGGUACUUUAGAGUGACUACAAGCUUUGUCAUUGGUGGCAUAGAUGUUGUGCUAGGAGUUUCAAAACAGAGCACAGGCCAAGUUGUUUCAAGCAUUGUUUUGGAAGCCAAAAGUUCAAGUUCUCAAAGCCCACAUCGUGCCAUUAAAACACUCGAAGGGGGAAGGCUUUCAGAAGAUACUAUUAUUGAUGUCAUUUCCAGAAGUGCUUGAAUGCAAAUCUCUUGCUUGGCUGUUGGGUUGAAGAAAGUCGCCCCCACAUGCAAAGAAGGAGUUCUGCUUGAUGUUGUGCCUUCCAUCAUACAAAAGUUGGGUUCUGAAGCUGUCAAAGAGAUUGGAAAGUUUUGGGAUCUCAAAAAGGAGUUUGAGAAGCUUGAGAAAACAAUGGAUGCGCUGGUUGCUGUAAUUCUUGAUGCAGAGGCAAAGCGAAUCCAUAACCAUAAAAUCAAACACUGGCUUGAGAGGCUUGAAGAUGCAGUUGAUGAUGUUGAUAACUUGGUGGAUGAAUUUCAAACUGAAGCUUUGGGCCGCCAAGUGAUGACUGGAAACGAAAUAACAAAAAAGGUACGAGUUUUCUUCUCAAGCUCAAACCAAAUUGCUUUUCAUGUAAAGAUGAGUCGUAAAUUAGAAAAGAUUAAGGAGACACUUAAAGAUAUUAAGGAAGAUAGCAGCUUGAGCUCAUCUAUACCACUCCCCCAAGAGACAUAUACUGAGUAUGUCAAUAGAGAGACUCACUCUUUUGUGCGUGAUGAACAAGUUAUUGGGAGGGAUGAUGAUAAAAUGAAUAUUAUCGAACUUUUGUUGAGUUUUGAUUCUCAAGAUAACAAUAAUGUUUCGGUCCUUCCUCUAGUUGGUAUUGGUGGACUAGGAAAAACCACACUCGCUCAGUUGGUUUUCAACGAUGAGAUGGUUGUGAAGCAUUUUGAACUGAGAAUGUGGGUUUGCAUAUCUAACGAAUUUGAUUUGAAAAUAAUUCUUGAGAAAAUCCUUAAAUCACAAGGCCCGUCACUUGAUGAUUUGCAAUCCUCUCUUCGUAAGAAGUUAAAUGGAAAGAAAUAUCUUCUUGUAUUAGAUGAUGUGUGGAAUGAAGAUAGGGAAAAAUGGCUUAAACUGAAAACCUUGUUAAUGGAUGGUUCGCAGGGUAGUACAAUAUUAAUAACUACCCGCAGUGAAGUUGUUGCCCGAGUGACACAGACUGUUUGUCCGUAUUACUUGCAAGGUUUAGAUAAAAACAAGUCGUGGUCUUUAUUUAAGAGAGUGGCAUUUGAGAGAGAACAGGAGCCUUGUAACUCAAACAUUGUAAGAAUAGGAGAGGAGAUUGUUGAAAACUGCAAAGGAGUUCCUCUUGCUAUAAGGGCGAUUGGAAGUAUACUGUAUGGAAAUAAUCUAGAGAGUGACUGGGUGUCUUUUAAAAUUAAUAAGCUUGCAAAAUUACCUCAACACCAAACUGAUCUACUACCAACACUCCAGUUAAGUUAUGAUUGUCUCCCCUCUCAUUUGAAGCAAUCUUUUUCUUAUUGUAGAUUAUUUCCAAAAGACCAUAACAUCGAUGUACAGAAGUUAAUAAAACUUUGGAUGGCACAAGGUUUUGUUAAGUCUUCUAACCAAAAUGAAUGUCUAGAAGAUAUUGGUUAUGGUUGUUUCAUAGAUUUACAUUGGAGGUCUUUUUUUCAAGAGGUGAGGAAAGAUGACUGGGGUAUUGUAAAGUAUUGUAAAAUGCAUGACCUUAUGCAUGAUCUUGCAAUUUCAGUGGCAGGGAAACAGAGCGUCAUGGUAGACAAGAAUACAGAGAAUGUAAAUUUUUGUAAAAAGAUUUGCCAUGUAUCAUUCGAUUUUCAAUCUGAUUGGAUGCCAUCGAAACUUCUGAUGUCCUUAUUUGAUAGAAAGGAACGGGUACGCACAUUACUUUUAGCAAGGCAGGUGAUUGAUAGUCAAAGGAGCUGUGAUGCAAUUUUAUCCAACUUUGAGUGUCUACGGGCAUUGGACUUGGAGGCUUUGUAUAUCAAGACAUUACCAAAUAGUUUUGAUAAAAUAAAACACUUAAGAUAUCUUGAUCUUUCAUACAAUAAGAUGAAGUUGCUACCAAGUUCUAUAACAAGACUGUACAAUCUGCAAACACUGAUUCUUGUUGGUUGUUCCGAGCUAUUGAGUUUGCCUCGACAUUUGAAGUAUUUGAUCAACUUAAGACAUCUUCUGAUAGAUGGAUGUUGUAAGUUGACUCAUAUGCCUCGUGGACUUGGUCAGUUAACUUCCAUUAGCACAUUGGAUGUCUUUGUCAUGGCAGACAAAAAUUCUAAGUCUACUGAUGCUGCAGGGUGGGCUGAACUGAGCCAACUUUACAACUUGAGGGGAAAACUAGUCAUAAGCAACUUGGCACACAAUCUGCAUGGAGAUGCUGCAAAUUCAGAGGUCGCAAAUUUAAAGGAGAAGGUACAUCUUCAAUCCCUACAUUUACAGUGGACUGAUGAUGUAAAUGACCACGAUGAUGAAAUGUUACUGGGUGGCCUUCAGCCAUAUUCAGACCUAAAAGCACUCCAAGUGGACGGGUAUAUGGGUGUGAAGUUUGCUACGUGGCUUUCUUUGCUCACUAAUCUUGUGAGUUUAAAGUUACAAUUUUGUAGAAAUCUCCAAGAACUUCCAUCAUUGGAUCAGUCAAUGAGUCAUCUCAAGGAACUUGAACUUGUUUCAUUGACUUCUCUCGAGUAUGUUAAUUUGGAAAGAGAUUAUUCAAUGGCUUCAAGAAAGUUAUUCUUCCCUCGUCUAGAGAGACUUACAAUCAAUGAUUGUCCGAAUCUGAAGGGAUGGUGGAAGAGGAAUGGGCCUACUGGUUUAACACCAACAACAUCCAUGAUACACCAAAACCAAAAUGAACCUUUCUUCCCUUGUCUUUCUCAUCUAAACAUCUCUGGUUGCCCUAACCUAAUUUUCUUGCCACUGUUUCCAAAUAUUGAAUCUUCAAAACUUUGCAAAAUUGGCUUUAUACCUUUCCAACAGACCGCAGUGCCAAUGAAAUCUAUUUUUUCUUCUUGUUCAUCUCCCAAUCCUUUUACCCCAAUCCGUCUUCCCAGGUUGCAAUAUUUGGAGCUUGAAGAUUUGGAAGAUAUAGAACAUACGCUCUUAUCUGUACUUAGCUUUCUAAAUAUUGAGAAUUAUUGCAAACUGGAUAAUUUACCACAGGAGAUAGCCAACCUCUCAUCGCUAAAGUUCCUCUACGUUGGUGACUGCCCCAAUUUGACAUCAUUGCCAAAGGGAAUAGGCAACCUCUCAGAACUUAAUAGUCUUUAUAUCUGGAGAUGCUCCAAUCUUUCAUCAUUGCCGCAAGAGAUAGCUAAUCUCUCAUCACUUAAAGAGCUUCGUAUUGAAAGGUGUACUAAGUUGGAAUCACUGCCAGAAGGGAUGCACAGUCUCAACUCUUUAUUCAAACUAGACAUCUCUGAAUGCCCCUGUUUAGAAUCAUUGCCGGAAGGGAUAAGCAAUGUCUCAUCACUUAUAACUCUUUCUAUUAAGGCAUGUUGUAAGUUGGUAUCACUUCCAGAAGGGAUGCAUGGUCUCACCUCUUUAAAGGAUCUCGACAUUAAAGAAUGUCCUAGUUUGGAAGCAUUAUCAGAAGGGAUAGCCAAUCUUUCAUCACUUAGAAGUCUUACUCUGGAAAGUUGUGAUAAGUUGGCAUUAUUGCCGCAAGGCAUAGGCAAUCUCUCGUCACUUAAAAGUCUUGCUUUAGAAAGGUGUGAUAAUUUGGCAACACUGCCACAAGGGCUGCAUGGUCUUACCUCUUUGGAUCAGCUAAAUAUUAGAGAAUGCCACAAUUUAGAAUCAUUGUCAGAAGGGAUAGUUAAUCUCUCAUCGCUUACAUAUCUCAGUAUUGAAAAAUGUCAUAAGUUGGCAGCACUGCCGCAAGGGCUGCAUGGCCUCACCUCCUUAACCCAUCUGUACAUCGAAGAAUGUCCCAAUUUACAUUCAUUGCCAGAAGGGAUAUGUAAUCUCUCAUCACUUGUACAUCUUAGUCUUGAAAGAUGUGAUAAGUUGGCAACACUGCCACAAGAGCUGCAUCGUCGCACCUCUUUAAAACUACACAUUGCAAAAUGCCCUCUUUUAUCCCAAAGAAUCAAUGAUGAUAGAAUACGGCUCUGCUCAACUUGUGUACAGCUAGAAAUUCAAGAAUGCCCACGCUUACCACAAAGAGCCAAGGAGGAUAGACAUGGUGACCGAGCUAAGAUUGCCCACGUCCCAUAUGCUUUGUUAGAUGAUGAAUUCAUGCACUAUCUAUCUUCUGCAGAAUAAAUAAUUUGUGGCAUCUAGCUGAUUAACUGCCCGAAUUCUAAUUAGUGAUGAGGUAUUUCCCACAUACACAACCUACAGCACAAGGGACAGUCAUGCUGAUCUCCUCGAUACUUAUUCUCAAGGCAUUUCAACCCAUGGUUCUUACCAAGCGUUUUCUGGAUUGACGGCUGAAUAUAUAAAUUUUAUCUUGGUAACAUAGAUAUGCAAUUAUGAGCUCUCAGCUAUUUUGAGGAUUAACUUCCAGUGGAUAAUGAGAAGUUUAUGCGAGAUAUACAAGUUUGUUCGGAUGUCAUACAUUCCUUGCAACUAUUGCAGAAUGUGAAUUCAACCUUAGUUGUUGGAGGAAAUAAUUGGUGGUGUGCUAUACGUUUUGAACAAGAAUACAGGUGAAGUUGUUUCUAGCAUUGUUUAAGAAGGUAACAGAUCCUAGUUCUCAAUGCUCUCAUGGUGCUGCUAAAAGAUGCAAAGGAAGAAGGCCAACAGAAGAUACCUGCCCUGAUAGCAUUUUCUUGACCACCAAUCUCUUGCUUGGCUGCCAGAAUAAAGAAAGUUGCCACCACACACAAAAUUGGAGUACUUAUAUCUUCAUCGUACGGAUGAUUUAGAUAUUUUGCCAGAGGGGAUAUCUUGCUCACUCCUUGCACAUCUCCAUAUUGAGGACUGUCGCAGUCUGGUUGAUUUGCCAGAGGAGAUAGCCAAACUCUCAUCAUCAUUGCAGAAACUCCACAUUGAAUGCUGCCCCAAUUUGACAUCAUUGCCAAAGGGAAUAGGCAACCUCUCAGCACUUGAUACUCUUCAUAUUGGAAGGUGUGAUAGGUUGGAAUCGUUGCUAGAAGAGAUGCAUGGUCUCAUCUCUUUAGCUGUACUGAAAAUCUCUGGAUGCUUCAAUUUAGGAUCAUUACCUGAAGGGAUAAGCAAUCUUUUAUCUCUUAGUAGUCUUUCUAUUAAGGAUUGUUGUAUGUUGGCAUCGCUGCCACAAGGGAUGCGUGGUCUCACAUCUUUAAAGUACCUCCACAUUGAAGAAUGUCCAUAUUUAAAAUCAUUGCCUGAAGGGAUAGGCAAUCUCUCAUCACUUGAAUAUCUAACUCUGAAAAGAUGUGCUGGGCUGGCAUUACUCCCACAAGGGCUGCAUGGUCUCACUUCUUUAAAGGAUCUAUCCAUUGAAGAAUGUCCCAGUUUAGGAGCAUUGUCUCCUAUCACAAACAAUCAAAGAAAAUAGAUACGGCCUCCGAUCUAAGCUUGCUUGC